AUGGCAGUGUGCCUGGUACAUGGAGCUCCGUCCAAUGUUAAAUAUUUAUGUUUCGUUUUGCAGUGUGAGAGGGCAAAGGACAGUUCCUUUUUGACGAUCUACAGCAAAUCGCCCCAAGAAUUGUACCGUCGUAUUUUGAGAUUGGAAACUCCGGAACCAUGGGGAGAUUCCCAAACGUACGAAAUUACCACCAAAGAUAAGUCUGGAAAUUUGAUUACGACCGUGUUUAACAAAAAUGCAGAGGCGUUGUAUUUUUACAUAAAUAGAAGGGCAUCGAAGGGGGAUGGACCAAGCAAAGGAAGGAGCUCCAAGUUGAGAAAAAGAAAAAAACAGAAUUAA